GACACGGGGGCGGGGGCGCCGGGGCUGCUGCUGUCACAGAGGCCCGCGGGGGGGCGGGCGCCGCGCCAUGGGCCCGCCGCCGCCGCUCUGAGCAGCCAGCGAGCCGGCGCGCCAUGUCACCAUGGACUGCAGGACCCGGGAAAAUCCAGAAAGAACCUUUGAUUUGGUAUUGAAAGUGAAAUGUCAUGCUUCGGAAAAUGAAGAUCCGGUGGUCUUGUGGAAAUUCCCAGAGGACUUUGGAGACCAGGAAGUCCUCCAGAGCGUGCCCAAGUUCUGUUUCCCUUUUGACGUUCAAAGGGUGUCUCAAAAUCAAGUCGGACAGCACUUUACCUUUGUACUGACAGAUAUGGAAAGUAAACAGAGAUUUGGAUUCUGCAGACUCACAUCAGGAGGCCAAAUUUGCUUAUGCAUCCUUAGUUAUCUGCCAUGGUUUGAAGUAUAUUACAAGCUUCUAAAUACUCUGGCAGAUUACUUGGCUAAGGAACUGGACAGUGAUUUGAACGUAACUCUCACGGCGCUCUACAACCACCCAGUUCCCAAGGGUAACACGCCUGUCAGUCUGACUGUGAACCAAGAGAUAUUUAUUGCCAGUGAGCGAGUUCUGAAAGAUCAGCCCUCCCUAGUGCCGCAUUCCUACUUCAUUGCCCCUGAUGUAUCUGGACUCCCAACAAUACCUGAGAGUAGGAACCUGACGGAGUACUUUGUGGCCGUGGAUGUGACCUGCAUGCUGCAGCUGUACGCCAGCAUGCUGCACGAGAGACGUAUCAUUGUCACCUGCAGCAAACUCAGCACGCUAACGGCCUGUGUGCACGGAUCGGUCGCCCUGCUGUACCCCAUGUACUGGCAGCACGUGUACAUCCCUGUGCUCCCCGCGCACCUGUUGGACUACUGCUGUGCCCCAAUGCCAUACCUGAUUGGAGUACAUUCCAGCCUCAUAGAGAGAGUGAAAAAUAAAUCAUUGGAGGAUGUGGUCAUGUUAAAUGUGGACACAAACACGUUAGAAUCACCAUUUAACGACUUGAACAAUCUCCCGAGUGACGUGGUCUCGGCCCUGAAAAAUAAGCUGAAGAAGCAGUCCACCGCGACGGGAGACGGGGUGGCCCGGGCGUUUCUUAGGGCACAGGCUGCUUUGUUCGGAUCCUACAGAGAUGCACUGCGAUACAAACCUGGUGAGCCCAUCACUUUCUGUGAGGAGAGUUUUGUGAAGCACCGCUCAAGUCUAAUGAAACAGUUCUUGGAAACAGCAGUUAACCUCCAACUUUUCAAGCAGUUCAUCGAUGGUCGACUGGCAAAACUAAAUGCAGGAAGGGGCUUCUCUGACGUCUUUGAAGAAGAGAUCACUUCAGGUGGCUUUUGUGGAGGGAACUCGAGAUCAUAUCAACAAUGGGUACAUACAGUCAAGAAAGGAGGUGCGUUGUUCAACUCAGCAAUGACCAGAGCAACUCCCGCUGUGCGGACAGCGUAUAAAUUUGCAAAAAAUCACGCAAAGCAGGGAAUAAAGGAAGUGAAGAGUAAGCUAAAACACAAGGAAAAUGAAGAUGAUUGCGGGGCCUGUUCUGGUUCCGUCCAGUGUACACCCGUUUACACAUUACACAGUGAAAAGGGAGGAAACCUGGAGAAGCGUAAGCUCACCCAGGCGCGCUUACAGAGGUCUCUGAAGAGCAUCGAUGGUGCUGUGUAUGAUGACGAUGACGACGCCAUGGAGAGAGCCAGCAGGUUGUCAUCUGAAGAUGGUGAAGAAGCCUCUGCUUAUUUUUACGAAAGUGACGAUUCUAUUGAAACCAGAGUAAAGGCUCCUUACUCAGGUGGAAUGGACUUACUUGGAGAGAUUCUGGAUACGCUGAGCACACACAGCUCAGAUCAAGGAAAGCUGGCGGCAGCCAAGAGCUUGGAUUUCUUUAGAUCAAUGGACGACAUUGAUUACAAACCUACGAAGAAGUCCAGUGCACCUAGUGAGAAUAACCUGGUCCUCCUUGGUAGCGGUUCCGGUGAUCAAGCCGAGUGGCAUCUUGGGCAAGAUGACAGUGCCCUCCACGGCAGACACCUCCCUCCGUCCCCCAGGAAGCGGGUCUCCUCUAGUGGCUUAACAGAUUCUCUGUUUAUCCUGAAAGAGGAAAACAAUGACAGACCCCUCAGUGCUGACAACCUGAGCGGGCCGACAGUAGUGGAAAAGCCAGUUCCCACUUCAGGCUUGGAUUUCCAGCCAGCUUUGACUGAAGUUUCCCAAACCGAAAAAGGAACAACAGAAAAGAAGGAAACACUAAGCCAGGUUUCAGAUGACCUGCUUAUCUCUGGCCUCGGGCGACGUCCAUCUACUUCUGUUCCUUGGGAGAAAGAAGGGAAAGAAGCCAAGGAGCCUUCAGAGGGUGUUGGACUGCUCCACGAGGUAGUGUCAUUGUGUCACAUGACAUCUGCCUUCCAACGAGACGUAAACAUUUCAGAAGAAAACACAAGUGGAAACCAAGCUCCAAUCAACAAUUAAGAGUCCGUUCUUUGCAUCCAAGCUUCUAUGGAGACAUUUUAAGAUUCCAUGUAAUCGAUACAGUAAACAAUCAUUGUAGGAAUGACAACUCUUGCUACUGUCUAAACAUUAUUUUUCAUUUGGAACAUCACUCGUUGGUAUAUAUGAUCCCUUGAUUUUUAAGUAUAAAGCUAAUUCUUCUACUGUGCUCUUAAACCAGGUACUAGUUUGUACGUCUGUUGAAAGUAUAUAUUGCACAUGAUUUCUCAGUGUUCGGUGCUUGAUGCCACUCAUCUUAUUUAAACUAGUAUGCCUCUGUAACCCUGGCGCAUAACCAGUAGCUGCUGUACUAAUCUGGUUGAGCAUGAACUGAUUAAGAUAUCAAAACUUCUCAGAACUACCCUUGAACUGCUGAAACUGUUGACCCACUAAUUGCCUUAAUUUUAUGCCUAUGGUAAACAUACUUAAAUAAUUUAUGGAAUUACUUGUAAAUUCUGCAAGAUAAGUUAUAAGUGUUCAGUAGAGCAAUAAUGCUUUUUCUAUUCAUUGAAUCAAAGACAAAUUCUUUUUUUUUUUUCUUUUCAGUUAGAAAGCUCCCAUUGUGGACACUGCAGCCAUGUUUCCCAUAAAGUAUAAAGGUCCACAUUCACCUUUCACUCAGUGAACUAUAUGAAGUGCUGAAUGACAAUGUGAAGUUAGUGACUUCUGUUUACAAAUGGGACACGCCCCUUUCACAGUCCCUCUGUAUGCCUUCACUUUCUAGGAAGCCAUCCCCAGAAAGUCUCAUGCCACACCAACUGUCCUGAUAAAAAAAAAAGUUCCAGUCUUUUUCCCUUAACUAAUAAUCUAAAUGCUUUACGUUAGCUCAGAUUUCCCUUUCAAAAGAACUGACUUUCUCCUUUACCAGUUUGAGGUUUGUAGGAAAAUUGUGCGGCCCGUACCGUUUGCCGAAUGGCCCUGCCCACAGUUUCCCGUUGCUGAUGCCUUACGUGGGUGCGGUGCGUUUGUCACAGUUACCGGCCACUCUGCUAGGCUUAGACUUCCCCGAAUGCCCUUUUCUGUUCAGGGUCCCAUCCAGGAGGCCUCACGGCAUCGCUGGGCACGUCUCCUGAGGCGCCUCUCGGCUGUGAGCGUUGCUCAGACUUGCCUUGUUGUUGAUGACACUUUCAGGAGUGCCGGUCAGAUACAGGGUACGAUGCCCCACUGUUAGAAUUUGUCUGACAUUUUUCUCAUGAUUACACUGGGAUUACGGGUUCGGGGAGGACGAUUACAGAAGCGCCACUUUCAUCACAUCCUCUCGAGGGUACACAUUGUCCACAUAACGUGUGAGUGUUGAUGCUGACCUUGAUAACCGAGCUGAGGUCAAGUUCGCCAGGUUUCUCCACUUUCAGGUUGCUCUUUGCCUCCCUUCCCGUGCUGUGGUCUUGGGAGGAGUAGCUGUGCAUAGCCCACACUUAAGGGGUGUGCGCGAUGCUUCCCUCCUUUCAGGCAGAGGACCUAUAUACAUUAGCUGGGAUUCUGCACAGGAGACUUGUCUCUUCUCCCUCAAACUCACUGUGAAACUGAGAAAUUCAUCGGAGAAGAAACCACGCAUUGAUUGCUUCAGGGGAGGCUAGAUUGACGGGUAGUCAGAAAAUAAACGGAUGUUAUGGAUAAUUUGUUGUUAGUAUGUUCAAUAUGUAAACUCUAUUCAUCCCCAGUCAUGAUUCAGUUUUAAAAGUUGUCAUUUUAGGAAAGGGGUUUGAGACACCAUUCAAGAACCCCAUCAGGACUGUACCCUAAAAUAUUUACUGAAGGAAUUUAAUUUUCAGCUAAAAACAAAUUCUGGAAGGGGGUUUGUUAAAAACAUUGCUUAAAAAUAUUGACUCAGGUCAGUCUAAAUAAUUUAAAGAAAAUGACUACGUUUUUUUUCUUUUUAAAGUACAUUCUAAAAUCUAAAUGGAUAUGUUUCAUUUGGGACUAUUAUUCAUUCAUGUUUAUAAAGGAAGACAAAUCUUGUUUUCCUCAUAAGGAUGGACUCUGUAUAACAAGGAAAAAAAUGUUUGGUUCUUAUUUUUGAAACACAAAAGUAAGACUCAAGGUUCUUGUCUAAUUAAGUUUUUAUAUACUCAUUAAAAAAUUCCAUUUUAUUAUAUUGAAGUUUAUAAUAAAAGGAGUCCAUUUAUCAGAAGAGCUGUUUUAAAUGAGAAGGGAAAACAAUCACUCUGGUUGUUCACCUGCUCGGCAAAUAUUCCUUCAUAAUUUGUUAAAAGAAUGUCAAGCAGCCUUUUAACAUGUAGAUAUUGGAAUGAGGUUUUUUUUUUAUUUUUCCCUCAGAACUGAUAGUCUGAAGAAUAAGAUAAUCAUGAAUGUAGCAUCAGCAAAAUUUGGGUUUUAGUCCGUUUGCUUAAGAAGCAUCACGGCCUUAGAAAAGUAAGUUGUUCUCUGCCCUUCAGUCACCUCACAAGAUGUUUGGCCAUGAUCCUGGGUUGUGUUGAGGAUAGUCAGCCAGUCGCAAGUAGCGUUUCUGUCAGGUGUGUAAAACUGGACUUGUGCCUUAUUGAACAUGCAAAACAGCUGUUAUAUUCCCCAUUAAGAACUAAACCAAAAACAAAACCUCUACGUGUUAUUCUUGGAAAAACUCCAAAGUACUGGUAGCUAGUAUUAGUAUUUCCAUCCAUCAAAAUGUUGAGUAUGCAGAGUGUGCUUUGAGCUAGACUCCCAGUGUUCUGGUGGAGAAAGGGAGAAAGAAGUGAAAUUGAGGUGAGUUCUGGAAGAAACACAAGUGUUACCUAUUCUCUAUUCUGUUCAUAUUAUCUAUAAUAACUAAACCAAAUAGUUUUAAAGCCCCCCUGCUGUUUGAAUUUCUUUCUUUCUUUUUUUUUCUUCAAAGAAAUAACGCCUGUUCUACAACAGAAUUGUAUAAAUGAGGACGACGUCUGGCUUUGGUACGGAGGCUUUCCUGUGGUCUCUGAACAGCCACGGUUCUCCCCGAACCCACCCGAGUGUUCACUUGUUGCCCUUAGACGUUGUUACCUGUGGUAUUUUUGGGUUAAAAGAGUAGUGUGUGAAUUUAGGAGUUGUUUCAUUAAGUGCAAGUGUUGUUAAGUGGGAUAUUUUAAUGGUUACUACACAUUAGCAUAUUUUAGAAAGGCAUCAAAAUAUACCAUGAUUGCUUUUCUGAUUAAAAAUUAAUAGCUCAUUCAUUUAGGAAGUACUUAUUUCCUAAAUGAAAUAUGCAAGGUACACUAACUGGGGAUGUAUGGAAUAAAAUAAUUGACAUAGUUCCUGCUGUGAAGGAACCAAUUAAAAGGAAAAGGAAUUGCAAAUCUCUAAAUAAUAAUAAUAAUAAUAAUAAUAAUAAUAAUAAUAAUAAUAAUAAUAAUAAUAAUAAUAAUACGUUUUGCUUAGAUGUUAUCAGCCCAAGAUUCUAAAACCAAGUACCAUCUUUUAAAGCUGCUUCAUCGAAAGCGUGUUCUGAGUUUGGAACCACAGUGCCAUUCUCGGACGUCAUUAACUGUAUGUCUUUACGUGAAGUGUGUAUGAUGACGCUGCUCUCUGAGGAGAUGCCUCCUUUUAAAGAACAGACUCCGAGGCCCUUGGAGACGCCGCGUCUUCUGGGAACCGGGCAACCCGGUGCCCUCUGACACAUGGCGCCCCUUUGAGUACUUAGGGCCGCUGGGCUCAGUGUAGGAUCAGUGAGUGGGUGUGUGCGCGUUGUGCGGGUCCAGUUGUGAGGUCUUUAUCUUGAUGCCAUCAUUCUCUAGACUCAGUCCCUCCCUUUUCAGAUAAAAUUGCAAUUGCAUGGUUGACGGCAUUCUCUGCUAAUGCCCUAAUAACAGGACCCAGGAUUGCUACUGAAUUCAUUAUUUCUUAAGGAAAGUGAUCAAGAGGAAACUGUGAAGCAGUAGGUCUUCCUUCUCUUCGAGAAAACCUGGAUUUUCAGGAAAAGGUUGUUUUCAUGAAUAAAAUUUCUAAUGCAAAUUCCAUUUUGUUUAGCAUAAAAGACCUUGACCCUGGGUAGAUAUUUGUAAAUCAGAAUAUAAAUUUAAGCAUGUCCAAUGAAUACCCAAAUCUAAUUCUCCUCCCACUCCCCACCACCCCAAAGCGCUUCUCAACAUAAGAAAGAGUUUUUACAAAUCCAAUCAGUAGUGAUCUCUCGCCUUCCUCGGGCCGCAAUUUGUUAGUGUCUGUUUCUUAAAGCUUAUUUAAGAGGCAGAAUUGUUCUCAUCAAGCCAGUUAAUAUUUUGAUUUGGUCAAGAUAGGGAAUUAUGUGUAUUUAGGAAGACGCAUGCUUUAUUUUGAAAAUAAUAGGAUUUGUGCAAUAUUUUUCUUGCAUAAUUUAGUUCAUGUAAAUAAGCACGUCUACUUUCCUAGCAGAUACCUUAAGGUCAUGUUUCUCAGUAUUUGUGUAAAACUGUGUGUAGCAAUGUUGUAUGUGCGUUUAGAAGAAAAAAUAGUCUUUAUAUUGUUGGCAGAGGAAAUGGUUUUGUUUAUUUAAAAUAAUUAUGGAUAUAGCAUUAUUAUAUCAUAACUAACUGCCUCAGCAACAAUAAAUAUGCAAUAAGAAAAUCCUGAACUUUAGCCUAGUAUGACAGUAUUGUUCCUUUAAAAGACAUGUAUCUAGUGCAACUUGCUGAUUCUCCACGUGUGCGUUUAGCAAACACCCUGUCUGCACCACAUACAUCUAAACGGCAUUUGUAUGGCGAUGACCACAUACAUAGAUUGUAGCAUCCUUUGGGAUGAAUCUUUGGUAAAAUUUAUAAAGGGCAUUGCCAACGCUUCCUGACUGUCUGUAAAUUGAGUUAAUUUUUGUAUAAUGUACAAUUUGGUUAAUCUUACAGCACCUAUAGAUUUCUACUUUUAUUAUACUUGAAUCAGGCAGAAAAGCCCUGUGGAAAAUCUGUAGCUCUGGACGCAGUAUGCAAAUAAAUAUACCAAAACAAUAAGGGUACUUCCUGAGCAGUAGAGUUAACAGGAUGCCUUAUAUCCAGGAAGCUGUGCUUUUGCAAACCCUACUUUAGUGAAGGAAUUUAACAUAUACAAUCGUUGGUCCUGACAGGUUACAGAGUCACCAAUGAUUACCUCUUUGAUAUGAGAAACCUCUAAAUCUCUUGGUCUCUGUGUAAUUUCAGUUCUCAGAUGAGAGCCUUGUGGGGGACAGUAACCAAUCACCCUCUGGUGGUUUACGUGAUGUUGCACGUCAGCUCACCAUCCCUCAGGUAGCAUCGCUCCCAUAGGGUGGUUUUGAGGACCAUUUAAUAACCAGACACCCAAGACAAGAUUUCCUGAAUCUGCUCUGAUUUAUUAGAGCGAUGCUCGAGACAGCAAACAGGUACGAACUGCAUGAAACCUACAGCUUAAAAUGCAUAAGCGCUGUUUUACGCAAAGGUACAUGAGAAGCUCACCGUUGAACUUUUCCAAAGCUUGUUUCUUUUGCUUUAAAUGAGUAACUGUUUAAAAGGACUGAGCUUUUUGCUAGACGUGGUGACGGGUAUCUGUAAAAACCUACCCAGCACGGAGACGUGCUUCCUUGUCUUUGCAUCCUUGCGGCUACAGUAUAAAUCAUCUCUAAAGUUGAGUACUACUGGGAGAACUUUGUGUGUAAGAGUAUUGUUUGGGGAAUUUUAAAAAAUAUGCAAAAAUAAAUACUGGAUGAACUACACAUUGCCAUAAAGUGCCCAACAAUGCAGUUACGAAAUAAAAUCAGUAGUC